GUGAUUAUACGACAUGAAUAGCAAAUUUGAAGAUAAACCAUGAAAUUCCCUCCUCUUUUUUUUUUGGUUUUUUUUUUUUUUACACCAUCACACGCAACUAGACCAUGCUACUCAAGGUGUAGAUGAAAAUGAUUUCAUCUGGAGGCAAUAUACUAUCCUGCUUAAUUAACCAACGAUACACUCUCAAGGGUGCCCAACGUCGUAUUAACGCUAUCGGCAACACAUUAGGCCUUUCUAAUCACACUAUGAAGUUAAUAGAACGACGCUUUGUGGAGGAUAAAUAUGUAAUUUUGGCCGGUCUGGGUGUUACGCUGUUGGUCAUGUAUUUUGAGUAUAAUAGCAAUUCGCUGCUAUGAACGCUUCACGGUUUGGAAAAUCCACUAAUUAACCACAUCAAAUCUCAUAAAGAAUCGAGUACACAACA